AUGGCAGCAUCAGCUUUAAUUAGCGAUUUAGCUACUACCAGUUCAAGUUGGAAACAUACCUUUCCUAGCAAUUCAACGGCUACAGACACUCUUUCUAACCCUCAAGGUAUUAUACAGAAGCGAGCCAGUGGUAUAACAACUGACCAGGAGUUAAUUAAUAAGACACUACCAAUCUUAAUUGUUAGCUCGAUAUUAGCUCUAAUAAAUAUUAUCGUUAAUACUUCAGUGUUGGUCUUAAUACUAACCCGAAGAAAGCUGCGUGUUGUAGCCAAUGUUAUUAUGGCCAGCAUGUUUCUGAGCCAUUUAUGUUAUUCAUACUUUUACACGAUACCUUAUGUUACUUAUAAAGCUAUCGAUAUUUCAAGUCGAAUCCAACUAAAUCCUUCAAGUAACAUUUAUUGUAUCAUUAUGCUAUUUGUCCUUCCUAAUGUUAUGCCUCUCAAUAUGAACUUACACAUUUGUGCUAUUGCAGCAACACAAUUUAUCAGUAUUUCAGCUCCUUUUUUCUAUCAAAAUGUGCUCAUAAAUGGUAAACCAACUAUUUUUAUUAUCGUUGGCUUGAUAUGGUUUUUAUCGUUUUUCAUCGGUUUUAUGCCAUUUAUUGUUGGAUUAUACCACUGGGAGUAUAAAUAUUGUGUGCCCAAAGUCAAAGAGGAAAAGGCGGCACUUUUAAUUCCUUGGAAUUAUUUUAUAACCAUCUUUCGUUUCGCCUUGCCGUUUCUGUUUAUUUGCUUAUUUUACUUCAGAAUUUAUUGCAUCGCAAGGCAAAAAUCAAAUAAUCAACUAAAUCAUGCAUCCGAUAAUGUUACCCAACGAGUGAAUGCUUGCAAAGCUGCUAAGGUCAUUGGUGUAAUUAUUGGUGUUUUUAUAGUUUGUAAACUACCACGAGAUGCUACCAAUAUCAUCCGCAUUGCCGCUCAUAAUUAUACUGAUCCAGAUCUAUUCCUGCAGGUACAAUAUUGGUGUGAAUUUGUUGGAAUUUAUGCAAGUUCUAUUAUCAAUCCAAUUCUCUAUACCUAUUUAAAUCGAUCCUUCCGCAAUGAAGUUACACUACUCAUAAGACGUUAUAAAAUCAAACGAGAUAAUCGGUACCUUUGUCAAAAAGAUAGAUCAUCUCAUUUAAAAAGCAAAUCACAAAAUAGCAGAGAUGCUUGUGUUCGUCAACUCGACAAUAAGACCAGUAAAGCAGAGUUACUUUCAAAUCAUGGCAAAGUAUCUAAAACAAAUACAUCUUUACGUCAAACAUUAAAUGAAAGUAGUAGCGGUUCUAAUAUUCCAGGCAAUCCUGCUAUAGAUGUUUCAGUAUCCAAUCAUCAGUUCACUAAGUUAUAUUUUGAUUCUCCUAUGGCGACAGAAAAAUGCCAUAAUGGCAAAAUUGCAACCCCUCACGGAGACCAUAAUAAUGGAAAUUACUAUAAUGAUGAAAAUGGUGAUGAUAUCUGCAGUCUUCUCCAAUCAAGCUAUGAAACAGUAGUUUAA